AAUAUUUGGACAAGCGCAACGUGCCAUUAGUAAAGAUGGCCUACGUCAUGUCUGGCUUCACAUCCUGCGACCUUUGCAGUAGUGAAGCCGUUAGGGGAGGAACCAUGUGACAGGGUACAGGGAGAGAGCCAUUGUAGCUCGUAGUCUGGGUAUGAUUAUUUCAUAAAACUAUUGUAAAUCUCUCCCGUUGGGGUUUAUUACUUCCGGUCACUAACUACAGGUUAAUAAUAACAUGCCUAAAUAUUGUACCGCUCCAAACUGCAACAAUAGUGCGGGGCAAACCAGUUCUGACAGGAAAAUCAGCUUUUACAAGGGGGGAGGUUUGUUAUAGUUUUGCAUUGCCUGUGUAGGUAUCCACUACAUGAGCCAGAUCGCCUGAAGAAAUGGCUGGCCAACAUGAAGAGGGAUAACUGGGUCCCGUCCAAACACCAGCACCUCUGCAAUGAACACUUCACCCCGAGCUGCUUUGACCUCCGCUGGGGCAUCCGCUACCUGACCAGCGAUGCCGUGCCCACUGUCUUUGACGCGUCUGAUUGCCACGCAAAAAGGAAAUCAAGUUGCAGUCAACGACCGAGCAUCCCGGACAAAAGACCAAAAACAUCCAGCAAGACUGAGACCUCUGUGGCUCCCACAGAAAAGACAGCUACCGGGCUUUUGGAAGCAAACGAGCCAAAUACAGUGCAAGUUUACACCAUAGCAAUAGACCCCAGCAUGCCAGGUCAGCCUGUGCUAGUGGACGCUGCCCAUUUAGCUCAGAGCGUCUCUUCGGGUGCUGUGCAGGCUGUUUUGCCUUUGCAGGGGGUCCCAUUAGCUGUGAGACAAGAAGGGGAAGCAUUCCCCUUGACGCUUUUUCAAAGACUGCCCUUAUUGAGCAGCGGAAUAGAUUCUGACCAAUCAGAGGCCGUUAUCAUUCCAGAAACGUCCCUCCCUGACCCUGACAGUUCGGUAGUGGUCACAGAAAUUUCCGGUUUCCUCCAGGAGGUGCAAGAAGUGAUUAUGAGCUCGGAAGGGACCUGCGCAGCGGCAGUGCCCCCUACAGUUCAGGGUGAGCCUCUCGCUAUUGAAAACGUUUCCAUCGAUACCGUAGUGAAGCCGUCUCCCAGUCUCCCGGAAGAGGAGGGAUCCUCCCUGCAGAUUAUCGCCUAUUUUGAGACCAUUCCCAACACCACAGUCGUUGCAUCAGAGCUGCCUGGCUACCCAACCCCCAGCCCCACAGCCCUGAACACUGUUCUGUCGUCCGCACUGACCCUCCCCAUCGUCUCCACCCUGCCCAUCGUGUCCAAUCAGAGCGCGUCCCCGCGCUCCCUGGUGAUGACCGUGGAGAAGGUGGACGGCUGUGACCUGGAGGACACGACCAUCGGGAAGGAGCUGGAAGAGCACAGGUAUCAUAAGAACACGCUGAGCACAGAGCAGCUGGAGGCUGUCAUCGUGGGGCUCCAGAAGAAGGUGAAGAUCCUGCAGCAGCGGCAUCGUCGGCACUUGGAGAAACUGAUCGCUAUGGACACUAUCGUCCAGCAACUGAAGAAGGAGAACCUUGUGUCCGAGCAGAAACUCAGACUGCUGGAGAUGGCUUAUCUUCAGACGAACGCUGUCGUUUCUGAACCAGGGGAGACAGUGGCGAUCAUUUGUGAGGAAGACAACGGCACCUACGUUUACGCCAUCCAGCAGUCCGAAGAAAACCAGGAGAGUCUGAUCAAGGUCGUCGGAGAGCAGUAACGCCCCAGAGCCACCCAGCUGACAGGGAAUAACGAAAAGAAAAGGGGCUGUGGUUAUUGGAAAUGAGAAUGUUUCCUUUUAAAAAAAGCAAAAAGAUUGUGGGUGUCACUUGAAAUAACAAUAGCUGAUGAGGGUCAGGUUGGCCCAAACAGGAAAAGGGCUUAAGAAGAUCUCUGGUUUAAUAAAAAAUACAUUAAAAACACAGAUAAAGUGGUUCCACGUGCUUUUGGCCACUGCAUAACGUCAAAAUGUGUAUUUUGGGGCAUGUUUUGUUGAAUUGUUGUAUUUGUAAGGUUAUGCAAAAACAUUGAUCAAAACAACUUUUUAGAAGAAUAGGUUUAUUACCGGUAUUUAUUUUGGCACUGGGUAUUUUUUUUAUUUUAUUUUUUUUAUGACCACUGAACAGAAUGCUAUUAGAAUCAUAAGAGAUUCUUUUGGUCAAAAGUCAGAAUUGAGGGUCGCUAACUGGAAGCCUGUUUUUGCCUAGCAACAAUGUCCAAUGUUGGAAAAACUUUGUCUGAAAAUGGACUCUGAUACUGAAUGUGAAGACACCAAGCCUCAUACUUGACACCUAAUAAGAAAAUAAUUACCAGAAAAUCAAACUAUGCAUGAUGCUUCAUACUGCCUCCUAGUGAGAGCCAAAGGAAUUACAUUUGACACUUUUUUUUUUUUUUUUUUGGUAAAUAAUAUAAUUGUGAUCACAGUGUUUUUUUCUUUUUCUGGGGGCGGGUGGGGGGAUUGAUAACCAGAAUUGAAGUCAAUUCCCUUUUAAUCAAUUCUAAAACAUUGAUCAAAAAUUGCAAUUCACAGUAUUCUGUUAAAAUGAGCCUAAAUGAAACGACUUAAAUUAAAAUCAUGGAUGGUUAGAUCAUUAACAACAAUUAAAAGGAAUUGGGAAUUGAUUUUAAAAAGGUGAUGGAAUACAACCAAAUUGACUCCAACUCUGCUCAUAACAAUAGAAGUGUACAUAAGUGCACUAUGAGUAAAAAAAAGGGUUAGACUAAUUAUUUUUGUGUUGUUAGAAUUGCGAUAAGUGGCUUGCUGGGGUACACAGUGCUUUGUUGGUGUUUUCAACGCAGUUUCUCAGUCACCCGUGUUGUAGGAUACACCUCCUGUCAACAGAAAAUAUGAAAAUAUAUUUAUGUAAGAAUUGUCUUUUUUUUUGCUGCUGCUGCUGUUCCAUUUUUCACUGCCGAACGUUAUUUAGUUCGAAGUUUGAUUUGUAUUUUAAUAAAAACUUUUUUGAAGCUCUA